AUGGUUUUUCUAGGAGAAGGGAGUGCGCUUCCUCUCCCGGACUGGGGCAUCGUGUGCGUCCUGGAGGUUGGGGACGCAAAACCCAUUUACAUGAGGUGCCGGAGCAUCCCUGCCGACUUAUUGUCCAAUUUGUACGAGUUGCUCAAGCUUCUCCUCGAGACAGGCCUGAUCGGGUAUUCCAACUCGGAAUGGACAUCUGUCAUUGAUCUCGUCGAAAUUGAGCACCUAAGCGACCAAGACAGAUCUGACUUGUCGACAUUACUCAGCGAAGACCAGGACAUCCAGCGCGAGCUGUUGAUACCCCGGGAUGCGUCGGUCAACCUGACCCUGAGCGAAUUUCUCAAAAUGGUUACUGGUAUCCUCGUGAUGAAAAAGAAUGGCACUGACGUCCGUUUGUGCAUCGACUUCCGCCACUAUGUGGUUCAUGACUUUGGACAUGGCAAGUGGGUUCUGGGCGGUUCCGAUGUCGGCCCGAGCUCAACUGAUUUCGGCCUUCACUUGCCGCUCGGACACUUUCAGUGGAAGCGUAUGCCGUUCCGGUUGAAGAACGCCGCAUUGAUCUACCAACCGCUUCUGGACAACUGGCUUUGGGGUUUUGUCCGACUAUCCCCGGAAGAGGAACGGCUUGUUGACCCGGAGGUGUUAGAGUUCUUGGGAAUCUCUCCCGAGGACUCGGGCGCCCCGGUAUCCCAGGGUACGGACUCCCAGGGGGAGGAGGUCUUCAGGACUAGCACUGAUGCUGUGUUCCAUCAGAACCGGGGUUCCCCGGAGCAGAUUUCGUACAUCGAUGACAUCAUCUACGGAGAUCCGUCCUGGGAUGACCUGUGCAAGACGCCUUCCGAAGAACGAGUUGGGGUCAAGAAAUGCAAGUACCUCGGGCACGACAUCAGCUCGGACGGAAACCGGAUGUCCCCGAAGCUAGUGAAAAAGGUCAUCAACUUGUCGUUCCCGAAAAUCCAGAAAGGAGUACAAUCCUUCCUCGGAAGCCUCGAUUACUACACCAAGUGUAUCGAGGAUCUACCCAUACUCGCGGCCACUCUCUACAAAGCAUCGGACGAGCAACUCCGCUCUGGAGAUAUAGAGAAGCCCAAACAUGUGUUCAAGAUACUUAAGGACCGGCUAGUGUCGACGCCAUUGCUCCAGCACCUCGACCCCGGGAGACAGCAUGUAACAAUAUUGCAUGCCAAUGUGGUAAAGUGCGAUCGAAAUCUCACGUGA